GCCAUCAUUGCCAUCAUUGCCAUCAUUGCCAUCAUUGCCAUGGUCUGUCUAACUCUACCCUCCCUACCGUUGCAAAAGGUGGACACAUCCCUACUCUACAGGAAACCUUCAAGGAUAGCUUUCUCCCCAUAUAGUGGGCGAGCCAAGGGUACAACACGUCGACUCUCACUCAUCUUACAUAUGCUAUCUUACAUAUGUCGUGCGCGUGCCAGGGUGUGCAAGUCCUACCUUCCUCUGUUCCCGCUGGUCUAUGUUCCCGCCGGUCUAUCAAACUCCGUGAGUCCCUGGAGCUGCAUUCCCCUUCCCCUUCAGUAUCCAUCUCUUGGUAAUAGCACCCAUUAGCCAGCCCAUAUCGAACCUUGGCAAACUCGCCUGCAAUGUCUCAACACGGCGCGGGCAGCUCUAGCACCUAGCUGUCCAUCCCGUUAGCUCCUCGUCGACCUCACGGAGGCGUUUGAAACGUGAUAGGUCGUCAUAGAGGCACUACAUAUGCAGCCACCCACGCAUCAUGGCCCACCAAGCGCUGUUCUGAUGGUUGCGAAAGUCUGGGACAGACAUAAUUCGCGGUUCCUCAACGUCCUCAAUGCGCAGAAAACCAAGCCCUGUCCCCCAUCAGUCGGCGACUCCGUGCCCCCGACUGAGGAUGACAGGGACAGGACAUAUGACGAGCAGCGACGAGAUGGAGGGAAUAUCAGAAUCGACGCCGGUUGGGAUGGAACCGUUCGGGUCAUCCGCCGACCUGUCCCCUGGACGCCCAAUCAGGGCCUUAAACUCGUGCCACCCUACCAGCCGCAAACUGCCGUGCGUGUCCCCUCCCUUUCGUCCUAUCUGGGCCGAUGAGGGUUAGGCCAUUUUGGCACCAUCGUAUUCAUCCUGUUCACAAGAACAGCCAUCUCCACAGAGUGUGCUGAGACAGUUGCUCUCACAUGCAAGUCACAUGCCCCAUUAAUCUACUCGAGUUGAGAAGUGAUACCAGUAGUUUGUGCUUGUAGAAUCUCUCUUUUUGACUCCAUUUCUAAGCAACUUUCAUGUUGAAAGUCAUGAUAUAGCCAUCGUGUCUGUCUGUGAUAGCUCCAACUAAUUAAGCACCCUCAUUAUAACCAUAGCUCCUGCAACCCGCGUCUAUUAUGCCCAAUACUCGUCAGUGGUUCAUGCAGCCCAAGUACUCAACGCGAAUCCCCCUUCUUGUGAUAAAACAUUUGUUUCACCCCGACCUGCAGCUCUCCCAGUAAAGCCAUCAGCCAACCUCCACCCCAGAGGGGGCGUCCAACCCCAAAAUCCC